GUAUAUAUGUAUGAAGUGAGAGUUCAAUAAAUAUACACACUUAUCAAAUUGAUCUGCAAUGGCCGGAAUAAAAGGUUAUUCGGCAUGUUCUUGAUCGUCUGAUAUGCGAUUUUUCACUUAGUGAAAUUUCGAAGAAAUGGCAUCAACGGGAGGAAGUUUAUUUAAAAACUGUGAAACACAAAAUGAAAUAUCGAAACAUAACCUUCUUACUUUAAUUAUCACUGUCAAAUAUUUGUAUAUACACACACUUAAGCUUUAGCUUUAAACUUCAUUAUUUAUCUGUUGAUCUGUUAUUUCAAUGUAAAUUGAAAGUGUAUCAGAUUUAUCCUAUUUAAUUCGUCAUUAUUGUAGUCAACUUCGUCGUUUUCAACAUGAUAUUAAAAAGUUGGUUCUUCUUGCAUUCUCGGGUUCUAUUGGUAUGACAUUAGUCAUUCUUGGUUGUGCAUUACCACAAUAUGAAGUAUGGUGGCCCUUUUUUGUAGUCUUAUUCUAUAUACUUGCACCAAUUCCAACAAUAAUUGCACGCCGUUAUUCAGAAGAUUCACCAAGUAGUAGUAAUCCAUGUUUAGAGUUGGCCAUAUUUAUUACAAUAGGAUUUGUUGUAUCUUCCUUUGCUCUUCCUAUUGUAUUGGCACGAGCACCUGAUGGAAAUCCAGUUAUACAACCGGGUGCUUGCUAUUUGACUCUAGCAGGAAAUGUAAUUGUUUACUUGACUUUAGUUGGAUUUUUUGUAACUUUCGAACAAGAUGAUGUAGAUUAUAAUAUGUGGUGAAGUGAUACACUUUAUUGUACUUACAAAACAAGGUUUUCUAUAAAAUCACUGAAGAAAAGAAAAGGAGAAGAAGAAGCAAGCAGCAUCCUGACUGACAGCGCGCUAUGUGUUAAUACUAAAUUAAUAUAAACUUAUUGUACACUAUUUACAUAACACACAAAAAAUCGAUUUUAUUACAACAUAAUUGAUAUCGAUCUUUCAUCAAAUAGUAUAAUAUUAAUGCACUAAUAUUAGAGAUCAUGUUGGUA